ACAAAUCAUCAUUGAGAGAAAAACCAAAGAAAGCCAGAUUCAGAGACAGAGACAGAGAGAUGGAGGAAACUAAAUCCAAGUUUAAGAGGAUAUGUGUGUUUUGUGGGAGCAGUUCAGGCAAGAAAGCUAGCUACCAGGAAGCUGCUGUCGAGGUGGCCAAGGAACUGGUUGAGAGAAGAAUUGAUUUGGUCUAUGGAGGCGGGAGCGUGGGGUUAAUGGGCCUUGUUUCUCAGGCGGUUCAUGAUGGUGGGCGCCAUGUUCUAGGAGUAAUCCCAAGGUCUCUAAUGCCCAGAGAGGUAACAGGCGAGCCUGUCGGGGAAGUUAGAGCUGUGUCUGAUAUGCAUCAAAGGAAGCAUAAAGUGGCCCGCAAAGCCGAUGCCUUCAUUGCCCUUCCUGGGGGCUAUGGGACACUAGAAGAAUUGCUUGAAGUAAUUACAUGGGCUCAACUAAAUAUCCAUCACAAACCUGUGGGCCUCUUGAAUGUAGAUGGGUUCUAUAAUUCAUUGUUGUCUUUCAUUGACAAGGCCGUAGAUGAAGGCUUCAUAUCACCUGCUGCACGUCGCAUUAUCGUGUCUGCUCCGACAGCCAAACAAUUGGUCAGACAACUAGAGGAUUAUGUGCCGGAAUACGACGAAAUAACAGCCAAGUUGGUGUGGGAUCGAGGAGGUUGAUAGAUUGACUGCCUGAAUCAGCGGUCGCUUAGUAAUCUUUUUGCUUAGGUAUAUACAGAAUGGUCUUCUUCAGGUUUUUCCUGCCUAGUGUAUACAAGCUUUGAGAAGAGGAGCUUUUUGGGUGUCCUUUUGGCGUUGUGUCAGCUCUGAUGUCUCAAAGUCUCCCUUUUGUGUGAACUUGGAAGGAAGGAAUGGAAUCAGUUCAGAAUUAUUUAUAUUUAUAUAUCCAGGAAGGAUAAUACUAUAUAUUUUAUGUAGUCAGAAUUGACCGCAUCCAGUAAUAAAAAAAAAUCAAAAGGGUGAAUUUAUCC